AUGAAUUCUAAUCCCGAUCAUAGGCCAAAUAGAAAUGAGUUGUAUGAUAUGUUUGAGUUUUGGGAUGGUACCAAUUAUGAAAAUUACAAGUUUGAGAAAAGGUUUGGGUAUUACGGAAAUGAAAUCAGGUUGGGAUUUAAGGAAGCAAAUAAAGAUAUACCAAAUAUCUCAGUUUCUUAUGAAAAGGAUCCUGAUGCCAUAUACAUUAGCAGAGCGUUUACCUUUACUAAUCUACCAAAACCUGUAAAUUCACCUCUUAUUGCUCCAUACCUUCAAGAAAAUGAAGAACAAGAGAAAGUUAUUAAAGAACUAGUGCAAGGUUAA